AUGUCAACAAUGAACAAGUUGCAAGUUGAAAAUCAUAAACUGAGGCAGGAAAUUCAAAAACUUAAAGGCCAAUUAAAAGAAAUCAACGUAAAUUGUCUAAGUUCUUCACUACAGCAUGAAAAUUGAAAUCGAAGAAAAAGCCCUCUCGCUGCAGAUGAAAGAAGAGCUUUUCUCAGAAAAGAAAUUGAAUUAAAACUUUCCCAAGGGAUUUAUACACAAGCUAAAUAUCCAUCAAAUAGAAAAAAUAAACUUUCUAAUAGUUUUACUGAGAAAGUUUCAAAGAGUUCAGUUGAAAUUUCGAGAGUAUUUGCUGAAAGAAUAACUCCAAGUAACGAAACAAGAAUCAAGGCUGCCAAGAAUUUGUGCCAGACUGAUCUCUCAUCCCCUCAAGAGACUAUUAAAUGCGAUAUCAAAGAUAUCGCAAUGGAAAAUUCAGAAAACACAAUAAAAAGAUCAGACUUAAACACCUCUACAAAGAAAACCCUUCAAUCAAACUCUGAAAGCUUCAGUAAUGAAGAAAUCGGAAGGACUCUUAAAGACUCAUUUGAUUCUUAUUAUGAGUCUGAAAAAGAAAAUCUCGAUAAUGAGGGAAAAUGUGAACUUAGCUAUGCUGUAUAUGAAAAUAAUCAUCAAAAAGGAUCAAGAAGAAGAGAGAGAAAUCUUUUAAAAGAAAUCGAUAUUUUAAGAGAAGAAAAUAAUAGAUUAAGAGAAAAAUUGCAUUCUGAGUUCAAAGCGAAGGAUACUAUAAAUCUGUUGAAAAAUAGAAAAACAGUAAGGAAUGAAGCAAAUAAUGUCAAUCAGAAAUUUUUGAAAAGAGAGAGAAGAUCAAUUACUCCUAGAGGAAGAUCAAGGGAAAAAGAAAGAGAUAGGUCUUGCAAAUGUUUUGUUCCAUAUAGAAGUGUUUCUGCUAAAAGCUUUAAAAAAUAUUCCCUUACGCCUACAAGAUCAAAGCAUUGUAGCAAUUGCGAUAGUUUAUUAUCAUUAGGGGUGUCUACUAAAGAAUGUCCAAGGCAUAUGAAAAUACCCAAAAAUCGUUUUGCAACUCUUAAAAAUAUUCUAUAGUAAGAAAAUAAAUGAGUCACACACUUUAAUUUGCUAUUCUUUGAUUCCAUAAGAUAUAGUAAAUGAUUAAUCAGGAUUAUUGAAUGCAUUAUUUAAGAAGAAUAAUUCAUAA